UCUUCUGAACUUGUCUUCUCUGCGCUAAUAUCGUUGAAGCUGCACAAUUAAGAAAGAUUUAGCUUCCGAGCACUUUUCGCAGCACGAUGAACCAGCACCUACAACAGGUUGACGAAACUUUGCAGCAUGAAAGGAGCGAGAAAGCUGCGUGUCCAGCUGUGGCCAGAGGGCUGUCCAGCUUUUGCCCAGAAUCUCCAACAAGCGAGACGAAAAGGAAACGUGGUUCUGCCACUAUGACUGACAACAAAAGGAUUCCUGACAGCAUUGGAGCAUGCAUCACCAAGCUAGGAGGCAAGGAUGCGACUGCUGGUUCCUGGGAGUGCCACGUGUGCCAAAAGACUUUGUGCUCCAGAUGGUACCUUCGUGCUCACAUGAGGAUGCACUCGGGCACAGAGUUGCAUGCUUGCACCAUGUGUGGCAAAAAAUUCGCCGUGAAAGGGUCUUUAGUUAUGCACCUUCGUGCGCACACUUGUGAAAAGCCCCACAAGUGUUCUCUGUGCCCGGCGGCAUUUGCACACAGAGCCAAUCUGAACAAACAUGUCCUGACUCAUAGCGGGGUGAGACCACACGAGUGCGAAAAGUGUGGUCGGAAAUUUAGUGCGCGAUCGCAUCUUGUGACUCACACCCGUACUCACACUGGCGAACAGCCCUGGGCCUGUGAAGAGUGCGGCAAGAGGUUCUCUGUCCGGUCCAACCUGGUAAGCCACUUGCGGUUGCACAGCGGAGAACGACCAUACGUCUGCCACUUGUGCCCAGCAACUUUCUCGCAAAAGGGUCACCUCACCACUCACAUCCGUGCGCACACACAAGAAAAACCGUACGAGUGCCGCCUUUGUCUGAAGAAAUUUGCUCGGCAUGACAAUGUUAUGAGCCACAUGCACAGGGUACACUAUGCAGAGAAUCCCAGUGCAGAGAUGGUGGCAAGUGAAGUGUCUCUCUCACCGAGCAGCACCUCGAUGCCGUGGCCAGGAACGAUUCUUAGGACGUAUAGCCGAGUGGGGAACCAUAACCUCUGCGAUCGUGUAGGUGCAGGCGAUGCACAAUAGGGAGACUUUGGACAUGCUGUCAAAACACCUGUGCUUAGCUGCAUAUUCUGUCGUUUUCGUUAGCUGUUCCUUGAGACUGUUAAACUUCACUUUGUGCUGCCUUAUCCCAAGGCCUAUGAUGAACGUGUCGCGUAAAUGUUUUUGCUGUUUAGGCAUUCUGUAGAAGCCACACGUGAUUUUCUUGCUGCCGAUAGCCACAAAUCCUGUAGUUUAACUUUCUUUUCUUUCUUUUUGAGGUAUACUGUAUAGACUCGUGUAAGCGCCGCUGGCCACACCUUAUUUUUUCAUAAUUCUGGCGAGGUGCGCCUCUUACAGGGGACUAAACCUUUUGGUGAAAAUGGAGCCGCCCCAGCCAGCAACUCGUACAGAACUCAGAUCCAUUGCACCAGAGUUGCUAACGUGCAGAUUUCGCCAUCUAAUAGCGACUUGAGAAAAUGUGCAGCGCGCGACAUCAGGCCACAAAAUGCGAUGGCUUCUCCUUGUUGAAUUUCGUUCACAAAUUCUGGGCUGCCAAAUUGGGGGUACUGCCCUUACACGAGUCUGUAUGGUAUUGUUCAUUUUUUUUUGUGGAAAAAUGCCCAUAAAACGAAUACUUUUGUCAGUUAUUAUAGAGAAAAUGAGUUGAGAAAUACAUACUUAUGGAUGAAAUGCUAAAUUAAUAAGAUAUUCUAUCCACCAGGCUAUGUGACUGACUAUGCGACAUCCUGAAUGUGGCAAGAUUUUAAUAUAUUAAGUAUAAUUAAGCAUGUGUCACAUUAGAUCCGAUCCUUCUGCAAUAAGACUGCAAUUGAAGUGCAGUCCUUUUGUAAUGAAAUGACAGCAAUUGAAGUGGUGGAUUUGAAAAUGUGCGCCUCGGUCCCCGUGCUCUUUGGCGGGGCCAAAUAGUUUGGCUGCGCACAUGGCUGUUGUAUGAGUGCCAUGAAACAUUAUGACUGCAGCAGGAUCGACCAGCUUUAUGGAGCAGCAGAACACUGCUAGGUAUUCUCUGGCCGCUGCAGACUGAGUGCCUAGGGACACCUUGGACGUUGCCAAGCUUCGCCUCGGCCUCAGUCGCUGCUCUCAGCGAUCCUGCUCGGCCCAAGCUGCACCUUCACGUCCAUCGCUGUUGUACCGAGCCUGGGCUUCGCCCAGCUGCCAGUGUCCUGUCGUUGGGCUUCGCCCUAGCCUGCGUCACUGUACACAAACCGUGCGGGAACUGAGCUGCAGAGCCAGGUCGUGGCUUGCCUUUGACUAGGGUGUCAAAACAACAUGUUUUUUGUUGUGCUUUUAGUUUUGUGUCACUGAAAAAAGUUCCAUUUCUUUUCCGGAACAAAAAAAGAAACAUCAGUAACAGUUCAUAACGGUUUUGGUUCGCGUGCAAAAAUUUUCGAAGCAAUGUAACGAUAAAAACAUGGUACUUAUAUUUUUCCAUAAGUGAGUUAUAAAUUUGGAGAUCAUGCUCAGUGCCUUGAGUCAAGGCACAAAAUAAUAAAUAACAUUGCGGUUACGUUUUUA